AUGAAUUCUCCAGCGGCAAGCACCAUAGCGGUGACAUAUGCAGCAGAAUCAAAUGUAAUGGCACCCACACGGAGGGGAAUAGAAAUGGCAGAGCGUAGUGCCACCUCAUCUGAACCCUUCAGCAGUAGUGUUGCAGAGGCAAAUGCAAAUAUUCUUUUGGCUGGGCGCCAUAGUGGUAGCGGAUGCCUAAGCCUUAACCGUGUCGGUGCUGCCAACUUACAGAGGGAGGGAAAUAGUAAUGGUAAUAGUAGUCAUAAUAACAACAAUGACAAUAAUAAUAAUAAUAAUAACAAUAAUGUUUAUGGUGGUGGAGGGAACCAACUUAGGCGAGGAUAUUCUAGUGAUGAUGGUGAUGGUGAUGGUGAGCAAAGAGAUGCGGCAAAUGCUUCCUUGUCUACUUUGGCUUCAUCCACAGUUUCGCAAGGAGGCGGAAAAGAAAAGGUUAUAUCGGUGCCCCCCGCUGUUCAACUUGUCCCACCAGCUUUUCUGCAGUCAUCAGCACCUUUUGGAGAAUCGGAGGAUGUGUGCGGUGUAUGUUUAGAGGCUCCACCUGAAGGUUGUUUUGUGGAGCUUUUGUGUUGUGGAAACAUUUUAUGCGUUGGAGAUGCACAACUUUUGGGCAAUUGUCCCUUCUGCAGGCGCGGGCCACUCAUGUGGAGUAUUACGAGGUGA